AUGGAGUUUGCAACAGCCAUCCCUGAUCAGUUUGUGCCCCUCUCAUCCUACCUCGGCCAGCACAACGCUUUUUUGGGCGACGUCGCUGGCUUCUACCAAGCUCGAGCUGUGCUGGAACGCGAGUUUGCCGGCAAACUGACGGCGCUCGUCAGAGACGCUCAGAAGAGACGGGCCCGCAAGGCGAGCGCGCUCAUCGUCGGAGAGCAACCCUCUCGGCGAGAUGACGGGGGCGCAAUCAGCUCGACGGACCAAGCUUGGGCGAGGAUACUGAGCGAGACGGAGGAACUAGCGCUCGAUCGCUCAAAGCUGGGCGAUUCGCUCGACAGGGAUGUCGUCAGCGCACUCUCGACAGCAGAGAAACGAUCAGAGGACUCUCGCAAGCGUCACGAAGCAUUUCAUGCGAAAGCGCUAGCCCAGAGGGAUAAGGUAUACGCAGCGCGGACGAAAGCAAAGGCAACAUAUGAUGAUGCUUGCGCUGUUGUCGAAGGCUUCAGGCAGAAAGCCGAGCUUGCAAAAGACGAACGGCGUUCAGACAAAGCUGCGAGACAGUACGAGCUAGCUACGCUGGACAUGGCCAAUACCAAAAAUGCGUACAUCGUCGCCAUUGCCGUCGCCAACGCUGCCAAGGACCAAUUCUUCACGACUGACUUGCCAUCAAUGCACAACCAUCUACAAGCGUUAUGGAACACGAACAUUGCCCUCCUGAUCCAGGCACUCGAGCGUGUGUCCGCGCUGGAUCAGAAAUACUUGUCGGACAGCACGCGACACCAGAUCCAAAUCUCGCAGGCAGUCGAGUCAAUCGACGUCACGGCAGAUCAGGGCACGUACGCCUCCUACAAUACCCGACCGUUCACCAUACCGGCCAACAUCACAUUCGAAGCCUGUCCGAUAUGGCACGAUACCGAUUUCCUCGUCGUCCAGGACGAGCCGCGCACUGUACUGCAGAACAAAUUCAUGAGAAGCCGGGCCACGCUCGAGGAUCUGAAGCCAAAAGCUUCAAGCAAGAAGCGAGAAGUGACAGGCGCAGUCAAAACAAAAGACACUUAUCUUGCGAAGCCAUCACUCGGCAACCUGUCAGAUGCGAUGGAAAGCUAUCUCGAUAUAUCUCGACAGGUCAUCACGCUCGAAGCCGAGGUGGCCGCCCUACAGGCUGAGGUCGAUACCAUCGGCAAGGCACUUGGCGGUGAUCACGGCAAAGGCAAGCAACAUGCCUGGAAGCCUUCGGCCCUGACCAGCCGCUCCUCUUGCUCCGUCUGCGGACACUCCGUCGUCGGUCUACAGAAGCACGGACUGACAUGCAGAGAAUGCGGUCUCGCUUGUCACAAGGCUUGUGAGAUCAAGAUGCCUGCGGCCUGCGGAGACACUACCGCCACCUCAUCCCGGGCGGAUCUGUCGAGGACCUCCUCGGUCAUCUCACAAGAAGGCAAAGCGCCUAGUCUCAAGCGCUUCAGCUCUACAAGUACAGCGUCAGGGAGGCCACUGUCUGGCGUGUCCGAACAGUCUACAGCCCAGUUCGGUAAUGCUACAGCGCAGUUUGACUAUUCGGGACGUUCGGCCAUGGAACUAUCUGUACAAGCGGGCGAACGCGUACGAUACAUCAGAGAUGAAGCAGAAGGAUGGGCGAGAGUCGCCAAUGCGCAAGGAGCAGAAGGCGCCGUGCCUACUUCAUACCUCAAGCAAGACGCGACGUCCAAUGGCGUAAGCAAGCGAGCCUCGAGCAUUGCGCCACCGCGUCCAUCUAGCUCCUCGACCCGAAGCGCCACGAAGCAAGCAAAAGCGAUGUAUGAUUACACUGCAGCUUCGCCUGCUGAAGUCACGAUACGCGAAGGCGAUACACUCGAGCUCACUGGCAAGGCGAUCGAUGAGGGGUGGACUGAGGUAACCUUGCGCGGCCAGACUGGCGCAGUGCCGACUUCAUAUCUCGCCCUAUAG